ACACACACACACAAUCCCGACAGUCAACAGAACAGAACCGAAUGUAAACUAUUCAAUUUUGAUUAUGUUUUCAUUUUUAUUGUUUACAAUAACCGACUGAAAAAAAUGAUUACACUUAUUUUUAAAUGAUCAAGAAGUGGCCAACAAACAGCAACAACUACUAUUAUGCGUUUUAAGAAGCCAAUAGUUUAUAUAUUUUCCGUAUUCAUAUUAUUCUUAAUUUUGAUGUACAUAAAAAAUAGACACAUAGAUUCAAAUGCCGAAACAACAAGAAACUUACAAGUGGCCGUAUCGAAUACAAGUAACGCAGUGCCAAAUCAAAAUGAAAUCGUUAUAGUUGUUGUAUCAUGUGGCAUGAGACAGCAAGAAACAUUAAAUCUCUUGAAAUCAGCUAUAAUUUUUGGAUUAGAGCAUCGCCUGAGAUUUGUUGUAAUAACCGAAGAUAAUUUAAUGGCUGGUUUCCGUGAAAAGCUUGAAGACUGGUCAAAUAUUGUUAAAAAUAAGUUUACAUACGAAGUUCUUCCAUUAACAUUCCCCAAAGAGAACGAGGGUGAAUGGCGAAAUCUAUUUAAACCGUGUGCAGCACAAAGACUUUUUCUACCUGCAAUUUUGACCGACAUUGAUUCCGUGUUAUAUUUAGAUACAGACACAUUAUUUAUAUCACCUGUUCAUGAUGUAUGGAAAUUUUUCCAAGAGUUUAAUUCAUCCCAAAUUGCAGCACUGUCGCCGGAACAUGAAGAUGAAAAUGUGGGCUGGUAUAAUCGUUUCUCAAGGCAUCCAUAUUAUGGAAAACUGGGCGUCAAUUCUGGUGUAAUGCUUAUGAAUUUAACACGAAUGAGAGAAUUCAAAUGGAAUUUAUACAUGUUACCAUUGUACAAAGAGUAUAAAUUGAAAAUUACAUGGGGCGAUCAGGAUCUGAUAAAUAUUUUAUUCGCAUACUAUCCAGAUAAACUUCAUAUAUUUGAAUGCCAAUUUAACUAUCGCCCGGAUCAUUGUAUGUAUAUGAGUGUUUGUGAUGCACCGCAUGGCAUACAAAUUGUACAUGGAAAUCGUGGAUAUUUUCAUUCCGAAAAACAACCAGUAUUUAGUACCAUUUAUCGUUUGAUCGAAGAAUAUCAACUUGGUACGGAUAUCUAUCGAAAUAUUGUAGCUCCACUUGAAUCAGCCUUCGCAUCUGAGGACAUUCGACACACAAGCUGCGGCAAAAUUACGGACAAAUUUUUGAAAAUUCUCAAACAAACAUUCCAAGAAAAUACACUUUAUUAUGAUGAAGAUUCCAGUUGACCAAUGUACAUGUGUAUGACACAUUCAUGUGGUCGCAAAUAUUUAAGCAGCGCUUUUGUAGUCCAAUUGUAAAAAUGCAAUUUUUGGCUAAUUUAUAUGAAUAGUUUUUGGUAGAGUCGAUGUGAAUUAAAUGUGUUUUACACAUUUGGUGAGACGAAAGAAUAUUUAUGAAUCGGAUUUGAGUCGAAGUGUGAGCAUGAGCAUUUAUAUGAUUAAACGAUUUGAGGUGUCAACGAACGUUCAUGCUCGGAUUCGAGUUCGAGUUCGUUCAUUCGGCUCAUCAUCUUCUAGAUUUAUAUAGUUUUUUAACUGAAUUUGUGCAUGUGUUCAAAUGGUUGACCUAUUAUUAUUGAUACAAAAACAAAUUCAUAAAUUACUGGACAUAGGAUAGUCUAUACCAUACUUAUAUUUAAUUUUAUAAUAAUAGGUGGAAAAUAAAAAUGGAAAUUAAUUGA